CUGUUUGCUUACCUGAAAAACGGAAACAACAGCACCUAUUUCGUAGCCCCUUGUGAUAGCUAAACAGAACACAGAAAGCACCUAAAACAAUGGCUGAUGGCGGGAACAUUACUCAGAGCCGGGUUCCUGAAAGCCUGCCCUGUCAGCUGUUGCGGCCACUGCCCUGCUCAGGACAUCACUAUGAGAGCCCUGCUGCCGCUUGCCUUCUCUGUGCUCUUCUGCUGGGCCACAGCUGACAUUCGCUGUCACUCCUGCUACAAGGUCCCUGUGCUGGGCUGUGUGGACCGGCAGUCCUGUCGCCUGGAGCCAGGACAACAAUGCUUAACCACAAACGUGUACCUCGGGAAGAUGUGGGUGUUCUCCAACCUCCGCUGCGGCACACCAGAGGAGCCCUGUCGCCAAGAGUUCAAUAAAACCAACCACAAGCUGGGCCUCAACUACAACACCACCUGCUGCAGCCGUGACAACUGCAACAGCCCUGCUCCCCGGCACGCCCCCACCCUAGCCCUCCUGCUCCUCACCUCCCUGGCCGUCCUGGGCCUCUGGCUUCUGCACUGAGGCGCUGCACGGCUGCCCCCUCCCUCGCCUUGGCCCGAGCCCCUCCCUGCCUCCCCACGGCCCCUGGCUCCUGGAGUGGUCUCUCCCGGGCUCCCCACCCUGUGAAGAACAAGCCCCAAGUCCUCCUCUAAUGAGACAGUGCUCACCUGAGUCCUCUCGCAUUUCCCUCCAGGCCGCUCUGGAUCCUCCACUGGCCUCUGAAGGGCUCCCCACUUUGUCUCCCUCACUGGGGCAGGGCUGGGAUCUGUGUCUCCAGUGGGCCUUCCAUCCUGUCCUCAGUGCAAGCUCCCAGGAAGGACCCGAUGACCUCACUGACUCCCCAAACCAU